GAAAGGAAAAAUUGCAAAGCAAGUUAAGGCUUAGCACAUAUAGCAGUUGCAGUGGUAGACGUUGUGUUUUAACGGAAGUCAGCUAAUUAGUAAAAAGAUUUCCAAUCAGCUCUCUCCCCCCACUUUAAAAACAACAACAACUCCUGAGGGAUUCUUUCUCUCCUCUCCUUCAGCCGGUCAUCAUUCAUCAAGAUCUAAUAAUGGAGAUAGUAGAUAAGUUCAUAUUUAAAUACAAAGGAAUUUAUUUUGUACGAAACCAGACCACACCUGAAAAUAUCGAUUCAGCAGAAAGUUUUGAAAUCCAAGAUGAUGAUGUAUUUCUAAUCACUUAUCCCAAAUCUGGCACAGUGUGGACUCAGAACAUUCUGAGCUUGAUUUUUCAUGAAGGUCAUCGAGAUGGAACUGAAAAUAUUACCCUGAUUGACAGAAUACCAUGGCUAGAAUAUAAUAUUUUCGAGGCAGAUUUAACCAAUCUCCCAUCACCUCGUAUCAUUUGUUCCCAUCUGCCCUACCAUUUGGCACCCAAAGGAUUACGAAAUAAAAGAGCAAAGAUUGUUUAUGUGUUUAGAAAUCCAAAGGAUGUCUUGGUUUCUAUGUAUCAUUUUCACAAAAUUGCAGUCACAUUAGAAAUUCCAAAAGACUUUGAUACAUUCUUGGAGAAGUUUUUGGCUGGCAAAGUGGGCAAUAGUUUGUGGCUAGACCACAUAGAAGGCUGGUACACUCAUAAGGAUGAUUUCAAUAUUCUCUUCCUUUCUUAUGAAGAAAUGAAAAAGGAUCUGAGAAGUUCAGUAUUGAAAAUAUGCAACUUUCUAGGAAAAGAACUAAGUGGAAAGGAGGUGGAUGAUGUGGUAGAUAAAGCUAUAUUUGAUAACAUGAAAAUGGAUCCUAGAGCAAACUACAGAUUCUUGCCUUCUGAUCAGAUGGAUUUCAGCAAAGGAGACUUUCUUCGCAAAGGCACUGUUGGGGACUGGAAAACCAUCAUGACUGUUGCCCAGAGUGAAAGAUUUGACCGUGUCUUUAAGGAGAGGAUGGAAAAGCUGCCCUUCAGGUUCUGCUGGGAUAUGCAGGAGGAUCCAUGAGCCUAUUUCCAGCUCACGGGAAGAAAAUAAAAUGUAAUACACACCUUCAAAUGGCUUGAAUCAGAGAUGACCUUCCAAGAAUGGUUACAUAAAGAAUGGUCUUUAUGUAACCUUGUAAUGUUUAAUUUUCAACUCUUUAAAGAUCACAGAAGACAGCAACAUUGAAUUUUGUGCUAUUGUUAAUUAUAAUAGAACCUACAGAAAACUGUUAAUAUAUGUUUCUCUGAAAUUCUUAUUUUCAUUUGUAUUUUGAUUCCACAAAUGAAGCCAAAUGCACUAGAAUUUUGAUAUUUGAUGUCCAGCUGGUUUCUACAUACACUGAACAUUUUUCACUUAACAACUGAUUACUAACUUAACAACUGCAGUGAUUCACUUAACAAUUGCGGCAAGAAAAGUCUUAAAAUAGGGCAAAACUCACUUAACAACUGUCUCACUUAGCAACAUAAAAUUUUGGUUCAGUUGUAGUCAUAAGUUGAGAACUACCUAUAUAAACUGCAAAUACUACUCAUUGUAUACAUUAGCUACAAAGCAAGCAACAAGGGAUGCCAAGUCUGAGCAGUUACCAAGGUUGCUAGAGCAGCAGAAACUUCACUUUCCAUAUCUCAGGAAUGAACAUUCAGAAAUCCCCAAAAGUCCUUCCUGAACUUUUCAAGCCCAGAUACUGGGCUUCAAAUCACCUGCCUGUACUACUACAAUGGGAUUGAGCAAUCCCAUUCCCAGCCAUUCCGCAAGCAUAUUUUCUGACUCAUGACUCGUAUUUUCUUUACGUCAUAAAUCUAAAACAUGUGAAAUAUUCUUUGUCUUCCCCUGAGGAUAAUUUUUGCACCUGCCUGUUUAUAGUUACUUAACAGUUACUUAACAAAAAACAGAUUUUUCUUUUCAUACAUUUUGAAGAUAUGGAAGCGCUUUGGAUAUAAAAUCAGUUUUUAUAACCCCCAAUUGUCCAAUCAGCACAUUGAUUAACACAACUAAUAUGGGUUUAUUAAUAAAUACAGUCAGUGGUGGGAUUCAGGUAAUUUAACAACCGGUUCUCUGCUCUAAUGAUUUCUUCCAACAAGCAGUUUGCCAACUGCUCAGAAAGUUAACAACCGGUUCUCCCGAAGUGGUGCAAACUGGCUGAAUCCCACCACUGAAUACAGUGGAUUUCAAGAACUAUUUCCAGUUAUGAAAUAUUACUUAUUAGCUUGAUUAAGAAAUAAAUGCUAUGAAUUGCAAACACGCUACGUACAGAGUACAUUAUAUAAAUUUAGCAUUUUCACAUCAGCUGUAUUUUUCAAAGAUAUAAUGCCAGUUAUAAAGAUUCUGUUUCACGUGAUAAAUAAACGUGAUAAAUGCACUUUUAUGCCCCUUCAUUUUCUUUCUGCUUUUGAAAUAUUAUGUUUAGCAACAAUACAAAAGAAAAACUUUUAUAAUAUCAUUUCUUGGUUUUUCACUUCAUUUUCUUAUCCCAAUUUUCUCUUCAUAUUUUUACUUUUUUCUUGUUAAAAUAAAAUAGUUUUAAUUUUUAUUAUUGGAAGAGUCAUUGCCUUCCUCAUAACUAAAUUCCCAUCAAUUAUUUAUCUGGAAGAAAACUGUAUCACCAUAAAAUGUCUUGUCCAGGACAGAAGAAGGGUCAGUCUGACCCUAAAUACCUUUGGUUCCAAGCCAAAAAAUCCAAUUACCUUUGGACAGGAAAUUCAAAACAAGAAAGGGGGGCGGGCAAAGCUAUUGGUACAUGGCCCAUAUCGUGCAGGAAAAGA